GCGGAUUUGAAGCUUUGGCCAUUUAGAGUCGUGUCAGACGGCACAAAGGAUGACAAACCCCUCAUCGAAGUGCUGUACCAAGACGUCGUCAAGAAGUUCCACCCUGAGGAAAUUAGCUCCAUGAUCCUCACGAAGAUGAAGACAACGGCAGAGGCUUACCUUGGCCAUCGCGUCCGGGACGCCGUGAUUACCGUGCCUGCAUACUUCAAUGACGCCCAGCGUCAAGCGACGAAGGAUGCUGGAGAAAUCGCAGGCAUGCUGCCCGGACAGAAUUG